GUAUGCGGGUAAAUUGUUAGUUUUACAACUUAGAUAGUUUUAACAAUUAAACUGCCGUGUAGCAACAGUGCAUGGAUUGGAGAGCAAAGAUCUUUACAUACAUUGAAACGUUUGCGUAAAAACAAUGGCACAAGCCAAAAGCACCGGUGAGAAGACGACACCAUCCGAAAAGGAGACGGGCAAAAGCAACCUUAAUCUUACGGCCGACGAACUGAAAGAGGAAGGCAACCGGUGUGUGAAGGCGGGCAGUUUUACGGAAGCGAUUCUGCACUACACCCAUGCCAUCAAGCUCAGCCCAGCCGAUGCCAUACUGUACAGCAAUCGAUCGUUGGCGUUCUGUAAGCAGCAACAGUACUAUUAUGCAAAUGAGGACGCCGAUAAGGCGAUCGCGUUGAACCCGGCCUGGGCGAAAGGGUACUACCGGAAGGCGGAAGUUAGCAUGGGUGUGGGUCAGUACGAAACGGCGUUGCUUUCGUACGGAAAGGCGCUACAGCUUCAGCCGCAAGACAUGGGUAUCAUUCAGGCAGCCCGGAAAGCUGCCACAUUAGGCAAUGCCGAACGGGAGAAGGAGAAACGGUCGCCCUUCAUUGGUAGCGCCAUCGGUUGUGUUGUCGGUUUGUGCAUCGUGUUGGCCGACAUGUUACUAACGGAAAAUCCGACCAUUAAGUACACUUCGUUAAUGGUGUUCAUCAUAAUGGUAAUCACUAGCAUGGGGUUCGGAAUAGCAAAACUAGUUUGGUACUACAAAAAACUGCAACGGAAAGGUUUGCUUGAUCCGCCCAUCGAUUUACUAGAAGAUUUUCAAAAGCAAAAGGAAACUGAAGAUGCACCACCAACGGGAGAACAACGCCACGAACGAAAUCGAUAUACAAAAGCUCAAGCAAGACAGCGCUUGAAAAAGGCGAAAACAUAAGUGACCUUUUUUAUUGUGGACAUUCGCUGGUGUGGUGCAUGGUGAACGGCUUUUCCUCCUAAUUUCUAUCUCUAUAUCCUUGUGUAUUUGAUUAUCGUAUCGCGCUACACUACAUACCAUAUUGUGUUGUACGAUGUUAGCUCACGCACGUGGUUCUACUGCUUCCACCAUAUUUUGGAACACAUAAGACGAUUGGAACACACAAUCGAACAAUCGAGAAAUCAGUCGCAAGAACAUUAUUUCGUACAUGGCGACACGACAGGGGAGUUUAAAGCUGUUAAAGGUAGUUUCAUACCUAAUAGACUUAAGUUGGUUCUGUGGCGUAAAUUUUACAUGACUGACUGUUACGGUUCAGUCAAGAUGGUCGGUCGUAUUGCUACGUUUUGAAUUACCAACGCUACUAUUCAAUUUGGGAGUAUUGAGGCUUAAUUAGAAUACCACAUUUGGUUGUUGUUAGAAUAUUAUAAUUCCACUUUUUUUGCACUUGCAACGAUACACCAAAAAGCAUCUUCUGUUACUAUUUCUACCGCUAAAUGCGAAUAUAUCCAGUGCUAGUUUAGACAAAGGUAUUCAUAUACAGUCUUUCCCCGAGUUACGCGAAUAAUGCGUGUCAGAGCAAUUCCCUUCAUAAUAUCGUUUAUAUUUGUAUUCAGAGGUCGAUUUCUUCUUUUCACUGUACAAAGCGCAUUAAUAAUUGAUAUUUUUACGUUUAUUUCGACAAUAAGGUUUACCAAAAUUAAAGUUUAUAAUAUGAAAAUGAAACGAGUUUUUAGGAAAAUUUAAAAAUUGACGUAUACACAAUUUAAUUUCACAUACAUUUAAUUUUACUUGAAUUUGCGUAACUCGGGAAAUGACUGUACACCUUUUCCAUUUAAGAACCGAAGUCGACCGUUCCGAUCCGAUGCAUCGAUAGGACAUUUCAGAAUAAUUUAUGAUGAAUCUUAUUUGAGCUAGAAGUAACGAAAACACAUUCUAGAAACAUUACGUCGACGCAUAUAAAUCAAAAUAAAAUAACUAAACUUAUUAGUGGGAAAUUAGUGGUGCAUAUUCGCAACGAGAAGAAAUAGUAUUGCUUCGUUUAAAUUUGAAACGGAUUUAACAGAAAAUUGACCAAUUUCAUUAAAUAAUUUUAGAUUGUUAACCGUUUCGGAAAGGUGCAAAGGCUUUUGAGUAGUUCCUCAGGCUUGUCAGCACCGUUGCGCGCAUCUCAACAUUAAUGCUGUUUU